AUGAGGGUAGAUUACCAAGUCAGCCAGUGGCCAACCCACGAGGGAUGCACCAAUAUUGACAAUUCGCAAGGGCAUGAACAAGCGAAAUUAGUUGUCACCCUCAGAAAUGGGAGAGAUGUAGAGACCCGACCGGAGGAGGUCAAAGCGAAUGAGAAAGUGUCUCCACCUGUCGCUGAGAGGUCUAGGGUUGAUAAGAGGUCUAAGGAGAAGGAGACCGAUCUAGUGUCUACAGUUGUUCCGGGGUCAUCUGAGACCCCAUCUUAUAUUCUUAAGGCACCUUUCCCGAUUUGCCUGAAUGCAUCUUCACCCUUUCGCAAGAAGGGAGUAUCCACUGAUAAUAUCAUGGAGGUGUUCAAGCAAGUUAAGAUGAACAUCCCAUUGCUCGAUGCCAUUGAGCAAAUCCCAUCUUAUGCCAAGUUCUUCAAGGACUUGUGCACUCACAAGCGGAAGGCUCGAGCCAAGUUUUUAGAGCCCAUCCCCAUUCCUCACCAAGUUAGCUCUGUUCUUCAAUCUAACACUGACCCCAAGCUUGCUGAUCCUGGUGUGCCCACAAUCUCUUUUGUCAUAGGCAAUCACUUUAUUAGUAGGGCACUCUUAGAUUUAGGGGCAAGUGUCAAUCUUUUACCAUACUCUGUGUACGAGGAGUUGGGGCUUGGUGAGUUAAAGCCCACAUCGGUUACUCUGCAGUUAGCCGAUCGUUCUGUGAAAGCCCCAUGGGGCAUGUUAGAGGAUGUCCUCGUCAAGGUGAAUAAUUUCUACUUUCCUGUUGAUUUCAUUGUCCUUGACACAGAGCCAGUCCACCCCACAGCCCUUAAAUCUCAAACGCUUGUCAUAUUGGGUCGUCCCUUUCUAGCCACGGCCAAUGCACAGAUUUCUGUGAGGAGUGGAGUGAUGGAGGUAUCAUUCGGCAAUAUGAAACUGAGUUUGAAUAUGUAUUCGGCCGCUCGACAGCCUCACGAGGAGGAAGAUUGCUUUGCAGUCGAUGUCGUUCAUGAGUUAGUAGAAGAGGCGUUUGAUCCUCUUGAGGCAUGUCUUGCCCAUUUUGGCUAUGAGGAGUUUGAUAUUGACCAAUCCAUUGUUGAGGUCAAUUCUUUGUUAGACCUUGCACCUUGUAUGACCAAACCUACCUGGCGAACUCCUUUCGAGCCUUUACCUGUUUUGUCUAGCACUCCAGCUCUUCCCUCCAUAGAAGCCCCAGCGAAGCUUGAGUUGAAGUCUCUCCCGGCUUCUCUGAAGUAUGUUUUUCUUGGCUCUGAUGACACCUUGCCCGUGAUCAUUGCCUCUGACCUUUCUUCUGAGUAA